GUGUGUGUGUGUGUGUGUGUGUGUGUGUGUACCUUUUCUGAGCGUUGCCCUGUGGUUCACAAGCUGUGACUCACUGUUUUGGCAGUGGGAGGCAGUGUUGUGUAGAAGCAGCAGCCUGGUCUUUCCUGCAGGUUCUUCUCCCUUCCUGCUUUAGCGAAUAAAACCUUGCCUGAGUCACUUCAUUUUCCAGUUAUUUGAGACGAGUGUUGUGACCACUGAAGGAGAUGAAGCAUAGUAGGAAUCGCUGACAUUUAUUGAGUUUGCUCUGUGGCAUAGACAAGGCUCUAAGAGCUUUGCCUCAUUAUCUCAUUCACAACUACUCAAGAACAUAGAUGUUACUCCCUCUGUUUUACAGAUGAGGAAACUGAGGCCCAGCAAGAUUAAGUCAUUUCCCCGAGGUCAUAGAAUUUACUAGAAAGGAAGCCAGCAUCUGACUCCACAAUGCGUGCCACAUAGUAGGUGCUCGGUAUACGACCUGUUUACACUGGGCGUGUAAACGCAAUCACGGUCAGGUGGUCUCUUACUUAUUACAAUCAGGAGCUGACAAAGAGAUUCUUACCACGAAAGGAGAAAUGCCAGUGCAACUGACAUCAAGGAGAGAAAUCAGGAAGAUCAUGGGAGUGGAGGAAGAUGAUGGUGCGGACAGCCUCCCUCAGCUGAAGAAGGAGUCAGAACUGCCCUUUGUUCCCAACUAUUUGGCCAACCCAGCCUUCCCGUUUAUCUACACCCCAGCGGCAGAGAAUCCAGGCCAGCUACAGAACGGGGGCACCUCCACACCUCCGGCAUCACCCCCUGCAGAUGGCUCUCCUCCCCUGCUCCCCACCGGGGAGCCUCCCCUGGCCGGGGCCUUUCCACGGGACCACACCUCUUUGGCACUGGUUCAGAACCGGGACGUGUCUGCCCCCUCUGCCAUACUCAGAACACCAGAAAGCACAAAACCGCGUCCUGUCUGCCAGCCACCGGUGAGUCAGAGCUGCUCACUGUUCUCUUCUGUCCCGUCCAAGCCACCAGUGUCUCUGGACCCUCAAAAUGGGACAUAUGCAGGACCGACACCAGCAUUCCAGCCGUUCUUCUUCACGGGGGCAUUUCCAUUUAACAUGCAAGAGCUGGUACUCAAGGUGAGGAUUCAGAAUCCAUCUCUUCGAGAAAAUGAUUUCAUUGAAAUUGAACUGGACCGACAGGAGCUCACCUAUCAAGAACUGCUCCGAGUGAGUUGUUGUGAGCUGGGUGUUAAUCCAGAUCAAGUGGAGAAGAUCAGAAAAUUACCCAAUACUCUGGUAAGAAAGGACAAAGAUGUUGCUCGACUCCAAGACUUCCAGGAGCUGGAACUGGUUCUAAUGAUAAGUGAGAACAAUUUUCUGUUCAGAAAUGCUGCAUCCACACUGACUGAAAGACCUUGCUACAAUAGGAGAGCUUCCAAACUGACUUACUAAUGCAGCAGGGACUUUUAUCGCAGAGUAUUGUGACAGUGAGCAUGCCCUCUGGGCCAAGGACAAGCCAUGGACCGUCAUGCCUUGGGCGCCACUGGGUAGCAUACACUAACAUCGUUCUGCCAAGAUAGGCAGCCCCUGACCUCCCCCCCCCCCCCCCCCCAGCAGCGGUGCCACUCUUCCAAGCCUCUUGGUGCACAAAAAACCUAGUGCUUGAAGCUGUGAACAGCUGAGAAGUGGUCUGGAGAGGCAGAAGCCGGCCAUUCUGAAUCCACGGUUGCGUAUGCCCCGGGUCAGUGUGCUGUCUACACAGACGCGGAGAGAGAGCCAAGCCUGUGUGCAGCCACUCCUGCGGGCGGUGCACAUGCAGGGCGGACAUGUUCCCUUGGUGUUGCAUGCUCCCGCCUCUCCUGAAGCAGGAGCCAGCCACAGAGGAAAUUGGGGAAAGCACAGGUACUGGGCAAAAGAAUUUUAGUGUGACUAGUGGCUAUGAGGUUUCACAUACCAUAUUUAUUAAUGUUACUCAGGUUCAAAGUAUUUAAGAAUACAGUUACCUAGUUGUAAGUAUGCUGUUAACCAAAAGAGCUGCCCCUCCUCCCUCCGCCCCCUUUCUCUGUGAGCGCUCAAGACUGCUGCUCUGGCUCCAGUCCGCCAUGGCCUGGAUGGUCGUCGCUGCAUUAACGCUGUGGCCACUAGAGGGCUCUCCGAUGCUUUCCAAAAGAGAAACCGCUUCCCCACCCCCCCCCCCCCACCCCGCCUUUUAAAUCUCUGAGGCCAUUCCUGUCCUCUCCAUGUUUAAUUGCACCGUCUGAGAAGAGCACAAACAUUGCCGGCCCAUGUUCUCCACCUCCACUUCCCACUAGAAAUGAAAAGCAAUUUUUGAAACUGAAUCUGUUGCUCUUUUAAAGGUUAUUGUGGGAAAUCGAGCUAAAGGAGUUAGCAUCUUUAUUUUUGUAUCAAAGAUAAAGGUUAUUUUGAAAUUAUUAGGAUUUUUACACAACUCUGAAAUCUGUUGCUUUUGUAAACAAAUUGUUUGAUCUUAGGGCUCCCCCACUACCACCACCAAGUCCACUUAACCAAGUCAGCUGUGAGUUUGCCAGGCUUUGUUCUGGAAGACACCUGACUGAACUCUUGAGCAUGGCCUACGAAUGUUUUCCAAGAGCUCGUUCAAGAAUUCUUUUCCUUUCCUUCAGUGUCAUUAAUGUUCAAAGAGCCACUGUCUUGUUGAGACAAACAGCCUAACUUUAGAAAUAGGAGCGAGCACACCUAGACGCACCGGAGGGCAGGGGUUCGAAGCCGGCUGUUAAAGAGCGUCCCUGCUGUCUUAAGAAGCUUCUUCCCCAUAGUGCCUAUAGUUUCCAAAGAAACUGAACUUCCUAACUGUGUUAAUUUUAUUGGAACGCUGCGACUGAUUGUGCGAGGACGUGCAGAAGAUGUCAGUGGCAGAGAAUGUUGUGCUAAGCUCAUGGCCUCCUGCUGUUGCCUCAGGACUGAGCUGAGGUUGAGGUAUUUUCAAGGCCAGCUUCACAGAGUCACUGUGCUCGCUGACUUAACCGUAUUCCACCAACUACUGAUGGUGACUUACUCACCCUUGUACAGUGUUUGCACCACUGAGUAAAGGUUACUUAGUAUCCCUUCUCUGAAGUGCUUUAAAGAGGAAACCUCCCUUGUGUUUCAACCAAUCAGAAGCUAGUUUACCUAGACCUACUAACCUUUUUUCCUUCCCUUUGGGAAAAGUUACAAUUUACUGAUAACAUGAAGGCUAGUUCUGUCCCCGAGGAAGUAAGUCCAGUAUUAACUUAUGUCGAAAUCACUGGGGUAACAACUCUUCUAGCCAUCUAGAUCCAUUAGAGACUCAGAGGCUGUGGAGGUCCCUGCCCCGUCCCCCAGGGUGGUGGGUGGAGGAGUCGUUCCAGGGCAUCACCCCCCCCCCCCCCCCCCCNCCCCCCCCCGCUUAGAGACCGAAGUUAGAGAUGGAGGUGAGGGCGAGGGAGGGUCUUGGCGUCUCACGUGAGGGCUGAGCCCUCCACUGGCCUCUCUCCUCCUUUAUCAAGUCUUCUGUAGUCAACUGACUCCUGCGUCUGGCGGUGGGAUGAGGCUGCACAGUUGAUGGUAGGUGAGUUUAAAGUCUUAAUCUAUGCAUUCAGAGAAAUAUUUUUAUAUGCUUUGUGUAAUUUAUAACAAGGACUUUUUUUUUUAGCUUUGUUAACGUGAAUUCACCCCUCCUCCACUGCAUAUUUAAAGCAUGUGUUCACACCGUGUGUAAACAUUCACUGAAGAUUUUUUUUCUUUGUGCAUUGCCAACUGUUCAAACAUAACAAGUAUUAUUAAAAUAAAAUAUUAACGGACUGA